AUGCUGAUGUCUACAUUUGUGUCGGCCACUACUGUCACCUACAAGAUGGCUCCUCAUGAGCGAGCUUGCUUCUACACAGAGGCCAAGACUAAAGGGGAAAAGGUUGCCUUUUACUUUGCGGUUCAAUCUGGUGGCCAGUUUGAUAUUGACUUUGAAGUGAUUGAUCCUCGUCAAGUUGUUCUUCUCAAAGGAUCUGCAGAGCGACAGGGAGAUUAUGUCUUCUCUGCUCGCGAACCUGGCGAAUUCACUGUCUGUUUCUCCAACACCAUGUCUACCUUUUCUGACAAAACAAUAGACUUUGACGUAACUUCAGAGCAUGAACUCCCUGGAUUUGGCACCAAGUCAAAACUCGCUGAAGCUUUAGGCCCUAUCGAUUCUUUGAAAAAAGAUAAUGUUACCAUUAGCAUUCGAGAAAGCGUUGAAAAAUUGGAAGUUCGAUCCAACACACUGUUGAAAACCAUUAAUUGGAUUAGUCGUAACCAGAGAGAAAUGCGUACAAGUGAGCAUCGCAAUUUGGCAAUAGUUCACAAGAUUGGAAGUCGGAUCUUUUGGUUUGCAAUUGGUUCCAGUUGCGUGAUGGUUUCCAUGUCAAUUGCACAGGUCUUUGCUAUCCAGACUUUCUUUUCUAAAGGUGGACGGACUCGAGUCUAG